AUGGAGGAGCCGCCGCAGGGCGCUCUCCGUGCACCCCGGUCGCGCACGUCGGCCGAGACGGCGGCACGGGAGGGCAGUUACGGCUCGGCGCGGACCGCGGAGUCGGACGCCCGCCGUGAAGCCUGGGCCCGUCACCCGUACUACAGCAGCCAGGAAGAACAGCAGCAACUGCAGAUGCAGCAGCAAAUGCAGAUGCAGCAGCAGAUGCAACAGCUGCAGCAGAUGCAACAACUGCAGCAGAUGCAACAGAUGCAGCCGAUGCAACAGAUGCAGCCGAUGCAGCAGCAGCUGCAGCAGCCGUAUGCAGCCCCACUGCUCGAGAAGAAGUCGUCGACGCGCUCCAAGCACGGCUUGCGCAAGAGCCACCACCGAAGCGGCAAGUCCAUCAAGCACGGCUCCUCGGCCACAUCAGCCGGGGGAGGAGGAGCGGGCGAGGUUGGCAGCGGCAUGAUCCCGAGCGACAAGCAGCAGCUGCAUAUGCAGAUCGAGCAGAACCGCGACGCCCUGAUGCGCCACAAGGAGCUGAAGAAGAAGCAGGAGGCCGCGCGAGCCUACCGAGCCAUGCGGGAGAACACCGCCGCCGCACCCAGGUCGCUGGCCGCGCUUCUGCUGGUGUGCAUCUGGAUAUCCCUGGUGUCCGGCUUCUCCAUCCUGGCGUUCGGCUGGAUCUUCAACGUGUUCGUGCAGGCCACGCCCUUCUUCUACGUCUCCCUCGGCACCGGAUCCAGCCUCGUCCUGCUCGGAUCGUUCCUCGCCGCCUUUCGCAGCAAGACACCAGCUUCGGUCGCCUUCGGCCCGUGACGACGUCGCCUCCUUGCGCCGCGCAGACGCC